CUCCGAAUAAAACUCUCUCCUCUAAGUUCCAUCUCUCCAGGGGUAACUUCAAAAUUCCUCCGAGUCCUUGAUUCCUCGCUCUCUCUACCCUUGGCAUCGCUCAUCUUCAGGCCUCGAUGCAUUGUUUUUCAGUAAAAAUAGUUCUAAGCUGUCUGUAGGCCAAGCACAAAGAGUUGCACUCACUAGAACCCUGACCAAUUCACCUGAGUGCAUGCAAUCCCCUGUGUGGUUCUUGUUCCUCCAUACCCAAUAAGCUUUGAGAACAAGGACAUGGAAAGAGGUGCAUGAACAGAACAAGUCUGCAUAUUUUGUUAACUGCAGCUAAAUUUGACUUUACAAAGGAAUUGUAGAUUCUCUUUUCUGUAAUCUAAGAAUGGAAGCUAAAAAAGAAAAGGAUAAGAAGCAAAAAUGUAUGAAAAAAGAAGAUGAUGGAGGCAAAUACUUGCAAUGGAAUCCGGAAAUGGAUAGUAGAUUGGCCGAUAUUCUUAAAAGUGAGAGACAACAAAGCCACAAAGGUGAUGGUGGGUGGAAAUCUGAAGCAUUCACUUCGGCAGUAUUGAAGAUGUCAACCAUAUAUAACAUACAUGUGAUGAAAGAUAAUGUCAAAAACCACCUAAAAGGUUGGAAAAGGACAUGUGGAGUAGUUUCUGAUAUCUUAAGCCAAAGUGAUUUUAAUUGGGAUAGUGGACGUAAGAUAAUAACCGUGGAUGACAACAAUGUGUGGAGUGAAUAUGCAAAGACACAUCCUGAGACUUCGAAGUAUCGAUUCAAGACACUUGUCAAUUGGGAUGAUAUUGUGGACUUGUGUGCGAAGGAUAGAGCAACCGGUUAUGGGGCUGAAAAUGCUGAGAAUGCCAUGAACUUUUUUUCUGGAAUACUCUUAUCAUGACCUGGUUGAUGUUGAUCAUCCUCUUCAAAUUUAGCACAAAAACUGAAGACCAUAUGCUUUCAUAUAAUGCUGGUCUGGGCAGCCAGUUUGAAAGGAAGUAGGCACAUGAUCAUGUUUACCACAAGGUCUGAUAAGCCUUCUGUAUUGCCUUAAUUUGGUUUUCCUGAUUCUUGCCACUGUACAACACUCCUU